ACGGACUGGACGACCGGGGUUCGAUCGCCGACGGGGCCAGAGGAUUUUUCCUCUAGCCUCCAAGACCUGACCGGUUCUGGCGCCCAUCCAGCCUCCUAUCCUAUGAGUACCGACAUCCUUUCCCGGGGGUAGAGUGUGUUCGGUGUGUGGUGCUGACCACUCACCCCCGUCUUGUGCCAAGUUCAAGAAUGAUUAGGAGCUGUACCAUCUCUCCCCCCAAGCGCCUAUGUGGCGUGUAGUGGGACAGCUUUACUUUACUUCACUUUACUUGUUACCAUGGGUACAUGGGCUAUCCAGAAUUGAAUGCAAUAGUAACUUGAUCUGUUGUGAACUUCAGAAGCAACAAGACAUGGUGAACUUGGGAUGCAGAAAUCAGCUCAGUGUUGGCAUUGCUUUCCAGGUUUAUAUGGACCUCUGUGAAGUGCAGGCAAUGGAAGAUGUCAGGUACGUGUACAGCCAUGAACUUGAUUUGAUUUACCUGUUGGGUAAAACGCAGAGAGGUCCACAGUCUGCCUCAAGAACGGAGAUAUUUCUACCACUUUCGACUGCUUCUGAAAUCACCCCUGCAUGGAUACAGAAAGUGCAAGAUACACUUUGCACUGACAAAGAUAAGAAAGGGAUAACACUGGCCAUGAAGGAGCAUGACUCCACAGUAGUCUACUACCGCCUGACACAAGGCUUAGUACCGCCUGACUCACCAGAAACUGCACGUCGAAAGAAGCAGCACAAUGAGCAGAAACACUUUAUUGAAGUGGAAAUGCGCAGGAUGGAACACAGAUUGCUAGACAGGGCUCUUAAAGCCAGGUCUUCAGAAGAGAAAGAGAAGUUUCCAAGUACCAGUAAUGAACAAGUUGCAGGCAGUUCUGCAAGUACUGACCAUGCAUCCGGAAGAGAAGAGUCAAGUGCUGAUGUGAACGAUGAAGGUGCAGAGAAAGGCAGAAAAGAUCAGGAAAUAAGUAGUGAACAGGCAGUACAUAAAGAUUGUAGAAGAUAGGUUGUGUUGGAAACUAGGCUUAAAUCCUAUAAUGCAACAAGAGUCAGAUCAGGUUAGAUAAGCAGUAACAUUUCUGAUAUCCAAGGAAUUAUCUACCAGGCAAAUGUAUGAAUAUAGGAAUUAAAAUGGGUAAUAGCUGCUUC